CUGCGCGCGCGUGUGUGUUUGUGGGUGUGUGCAGUGCGCGUGUAACAGUCGACGCACCGCUGCCAUGGUCAAUAAGUGCUGAAAACUGUGCUAAACGAUAGCAUGCAGUUCGACGCGAAGAUCGCUAUAUGUAUAUAGUCGGCCGCCGCCGUAGGUACCUAUAACAACAACUGCACUGUUGUGGUUGUGAUAUGAUUUUUGCAAUACUUGCCGUCGUGUCGCUGUGAUUCUGUAUGUUUAUUAUUAUUAAUAUUUUGAUUUGAAACAUAAUAAUACUAUUAGAAAUAAUCGAAGUUUCGUUUUCUGUUUUUUUUUUUUUUUUGGUUUUUAAACGAGUAUUAUAAUUAAUUUUAAUACCUAAUUAUACGAGGCGUGUGCAAAACCUCCGGUUACAAUAACGGGAGUUCGAAGUGAAGAUGUGCUAAAAAAAAUAAAAAUUCGAAUUUUGUCGUCGCGAUAUCGUGAUUCGGCGUAUCGCACGCGCAUAUACCGGUAUUAUAUUUAAUGUCGAACGGUACUCCGGAACUCAAAUAUUUCAGUUUUGGUACCGCUGGUAAAAAAGUGUUGAGCAAGUCACUUGCUGUUGGUACAAAGACUGGAUAUCGUUUGUACUCAUUGUCUUCCGUUGAUAAUUUAGACCAAAUAUAUGAAAAUGAAUCUGAAGAUAUCUGUAUUGUGGAGAGGCUAUUCAGCAGUAGCCUGGUUGCAGUGGUCAGCUUGUCGUCGCCACGUAAGUUAAGAGUGUGCCAUUUUAAAAAAGGGAAUGAAAUAUGUAACUACAGCUACUCAAACACUAUUCUAGGUGUGAAACUAAACAGGGCUAGAUUAGUUGUAUGCCUAGAAGAAUCUUUGUACAUACACAAUAUACAUGACAUGAAGGUCUUGCAUACAAUCAGAGACACUCCACCUAACCCAGCGGGACUUUGUUGUCUGUCUACAAAUAGUGAUAUGUGCUAUUUGGCCUAUCCCGGUUCAAGUACAACCGGUGAAGUGCAAAUUUUUGAUGCCAUCAAUUUGCAAUCUGUGUCCAUGAUCUCAGCUCAUGAAAGUCCUUUGGCGGCAAUGGCCAUUAGCCACCAGGGUAAUAGAAUAGCGACGGCCAGUGAACGAGGCACAGUUAUUAGAGUGUUCAACAUUUCUGAUGGUGCCAAACUGUAUGAGUUCCGUCGUGGUGUUAAGCGCUGUGUCAGUAUUUGUAGCUUGGCGUUCAGUAUUGAUGGCUUGUACUUGUGUUCAUCAAGUAAUACUGAAACAGUGCACGUGUUCAAAUUGGAUGACACCAAAGAAAUUCCACAAAUGCCCGACGAACAACAAAGCUGGAUGUCGUUUUUGUCAAAAGCCGUUACUGCAUCAGCUAAUUAUUUACCGACUCAAGUAACAGAUGUGUUCAACCAGGGAAGAGCAGUAGCUUCAAUCCAUCUACCGUUUCAGGGACUAAAAAACAUUUGUACUAUAGUGAUGGUUGACAAAGUUUUAAGGCUCCUGGUUGCUUCAUCCCAUGGAUAUUUAUACGUUUAUAAUUUAGAUAUGGAAGAAGGCGGUGAAUGUACUCUUUGGCGUACUCAUAGACUGGAUGGCCAAUUAGAUGUAGUGGACAGCCCUAAACCAAUCAAAUUGAAGGAGGCCAAUAUAACCAAGUUAGACAAAAACAUGAGGACAGAAUCCUCAAUUGAUAAAAAUUUAGAUACUGGGACCGCAGUAGUGUUAGACACUAAUCAUAUGACUGAGGACUGCUUGGAUUACACACUAUCUGUAGCGAAUCCAGUCGGAAGUUAUGCUGGUGCCCUCAGGGGACAUCCUCCAUCCAGUCAGUCAGAUGCAGAGAAUCAUGUCGACAGCUUGACUGAUGUAUCCGAAGAUCGAUUUAACUUGAACGACGAUUCAGAGUUUCCUCCAGUUAUAUGAAACUUGCAUGCUUAUCAUUUGUAUUGUUAAAUUUUUGUUAAAUUGUUUGUCUUCAUAUUAUAUAUUUUUUUUUGA